AUGUCGGAAUCGAUCAUCCAACUCAAGUGUGACUGCAAUCAGUACCCGUGGGGGAAGAAAGGCAAAGAGUCGUUAGCAGCCCGGCUCGCUGCAAACACCAAUCCAGACUUCAAAUUGGAAGAUGACAAGUACUAUUCGGAGAUGUGGUUCGGGACAUACCCCGAUUUACCAUCUUACUCUAUGAAGACUGGCGAAAACCUCCAAGACAUUCUCAACGCCAACAAGGAAUCGCUCAUUGGAAAGACUGUCCUCGACAAAUAUGGUGCCGAUCUUCCUUUCUUGCCUAAGAUCCUCUCCAUCGCCAAAGCUCUACCACUCCAGAUUCAUCCGGAUAUCGAGUUGUCGAAGAAACUGCACAAGGAGAACCCCGAUCAAUUCACAGACCCGAAUCACAAACCUGAGAUUGCACUGGCUCUGGGAAAGUUCGAGGCCUUUGUGGGCUUCAAACCACUGAGUGACAUUGGGCAGCUACUGGAGUUGGAGCCAUUGAAGAAGUUCAAGCCGAGCGGCAAACUGGACGAUGAUGCAUUACGCCAGCUCUGUGUCGACCUGCUCAAAGCCGACGAGGAUACGGUAGCCUCCACUCUCAAGGGUCUUCAAUCACAAUCCAAAGACAAACUGGGCAAACAAGCCUACAUUCUCGAUCUGAUUCCUCGCGUGGAGAAGCAGUAUGGCAUAGAAGACAACGGUAACCUUGUGGCCCUAGUGUGCAUGAAUUUCCUGGUUCUCAACGCCGGUGAAUCAAUUUACAUCCCUGCCGACGGCAUCCAUGCGUACCUUUCGGGUGACAUUGUCGAGUGUAUGGCUCGAUCCAACAACGUGCUCAACACGGGCUUUUGUCCUCGCGCGGAUCGCGAUUCGGUCGAUCUGUUCGCCAAGGCACUCACAUUCAAGCAGCAUGAUCCGCAAGAGCCGAUUCUGAAGAAAGAGAAGAGUGAGAAGAGCGGCAAUGGCAAAACGACCGAAUUCAAGCCGCCGAUGAGUGAGUUCAACAUGCUUGUGACGGAGUUGAAGGGCGGGGAGAAGGAGACGGUCAAGCCGGUUAAUGGUCCGAGUACUUUGAUUGUCACGAAUGGAAGCGGGACGCUCGCCUCGCAGGGACAGGAGUACCCGCUGAAGGAGGGAAGUAUUUACUUCAUUGGUCAGGGGGUUAAGGUCGAGAUCAGCGCGAAGGACGAGAUGGCUACAUAUCGUGCCUAUGCAGAGUAA